UCGAAUUUCUCGAUAGAAUUAGAAGGAUAAAGAUCAAAGAAACCCUCCUACGUUUAUUUCUCCCACUUUUGGAGCUUUUGCAUCCCUUCCAUCUCUCUCUCUCCUGCAUUCAACCGUACUCCCUCAAUACGCCAUUGAAGCGCCUUCUUAGCUUUCUCUCCUCCAUUCAAGCAGCUCUCAGGUUAAAGCUGAUCAAUUAUAAAUGGCGAUAUCUACAAUGAGUGCCACUUCUGGAGUUUCUGUGGCAUUAUUACCCCCAGUGAGAUUUGAUUCUCCGAGGAGGGGCCCAUUAAAGCAUGGUGUAGCGGGGCUUGGUAAGGUGUCAUUAGGUUUGAAUCUUGAACGGAAUUUGGGAAAGAUUGAAAAGUUAUCAUUAUGUUUGAGUCACAAGCAAAGGUUAACUCCAAUAACUAGAGUGCGUUCUGCUUUUGUGGUCUGCUCAGCUGCUUUGAAUGCAAGAUGUGGAGCGGAAGGACAGACUCAAACAGUAGAGAAGCCUGUUUCUGUAAUUUCAAAUGCACCUGGUAAAGAGAAAUCACCACUGCUUGAUGAUGGAGGAACUGGAUUCCCGCCGCGUGAUGAUGAUGGUGGUGGAGGUGGCGGAGGUGGUGGGGGUGGUAAUUGGAGUGGUGGGUUCUUCUUUUUUGGUUUUCUCGCAUUCCUUGGAUUCUUGAAAGACCAAGAAAAUGAUGGACCAUAUCAGAAUUCUAGACGGAGAUGAAUGGCUGCGGACAAGUAUCUUCAUGUAGUUACUAGUUACUAUCUUGCAAGUCUUUUACGCUCUGAUUAUACGGUCAGCAAAGUAAUUUUCUGUAGCUCAUGGGGUGAUUCCAUAACGAAACGAUGUAUUGAUUUGGCAACAAAUGAGUCCCAUAGUUAUUCCAUAAUGCAUCAUAGUACUAUAUCAUUUUUCACAAUCUUUUAUCUUUUGGUCGAACAACAUCACAUACAAACCAUAUCAAAUUUGUUAGGCAUAGCUCAUUGGCUGAAUUCAUCAAUGUUACUCCUAAGGGCCUGUUUUUAUUGACUGAA